AUGAACAGCAUCGACAUAGGGCGAUGCAAGCGCAUCGUGCAAUAUUUAUGGGACCCAGAGCCCAAGAACGAUGAAGGGCCGGAUAUACCCAUAUGGUGCUUGGGAAGGAAAUAUGCUCAACCAGCAGUACUCGAAGGAAAACAUAGUCAUGCAAAUGAGGGCAACCCAGUCGAACAGAGUACAACAUCACACGACAGCACUGACAAUGGAUGGCCAGAAGCAUUCCUUACUGAUCUCGAGUCAAAGAUCUGGAUGACGUAUCGCUCCAACUUCGCGCCAAUACCAAGACCCGACAAGCAUGAUAGAAACCCAUCAAUGUCACUAGGCAUACGACUGAGAAACCAGCUCAUGGACUCACAGGGCUUCACCUCUGACACCGGAUGGGGCUGUAUGAUAAGAUCUGGCCAGAGCUUAUUAGCAAAUUGCCUAUUGAUAUUGACCCUGGGACGCGAUUGGCGCCGAGGAGAGAAUCGCAAAGAAGAAUUGCAACUGUUGUCAUUAUUUAUUGACCUUCCGGAAGCCCCCUUCUCAAUACACCAAUUCGUAAAGCAUGGGGCCGAGUCAUGUAGUAAAUACCCCGGGGAAUGGUUCGGGCCAUCCGCGACAGCAAAGUGUAUACAGAUCCUCUCAAGCCAAUGUGAACAGCUGAAACUGAGAGUAUACGUCACGAACGAUACAUCAGAUGUCUAUCAAGAUAAAUUUAUGAGCAUUGCAUGCGAUGAUUCUGGGCGAAUAAACCCCACCCUCAUAUUGUUAGGCAUCAGACUCGGGAUCGAUCAUAUUACACCAGUAUACUGGGAUGGACUGAGAGCUGUACUACAGUACCCCCAGUCGGUAGGCAUCGCAGGUGGGCGUCCGUCGGCCUCUCAUUACUUUGUUGGCGUCCAAGGCCCAUAUUUUUUUUACCUCGACCCCCACCAUACGCGCCCUGCACUACCAUACGGACAUGCUGGCGGAAUUUAUACCGACGAAGAAUUGGACACUUAUCACACCCGUCGACUAAGAAGAAUACAUAUCAAAGAUAUGGAUCCAAGCAUGUUGAUCGGCUUUCUCAUUAGGGAUGAAAAUGACUGGGUGGAUUGGAAAGACAGAGUUGAAUCUUUACAAGGGAAGCAUGUCGUGAAUGUGGUCAGUGGUCAAAUCGAGCCUAACCACGGACAUGGUCGAGAAGAAGCACUUGAUGAAGUUGAGACUCUCGAUGAUACCGAUGGUCUCGAAUAG